AUGGAAGAUAAUCAUCAUUGUAGUGGUGAGAGCCUGUCACCGUCCACUGAAUGUUUUGGAAGAAGCAGUGUCCUCUCACCAGUGAACUGCGAAAAGGUGCAGGGAGUGACUGGUACUGCCAAAGAAUUAUGUGAAAAUGGGAGUAUGGUGAAGCCACAUGAAUCUGCUACAAGUCUUCCGAAGGAGGUCUACGUCUACAGACAAGAUAUAGUCAAGUGCAGCAAGUAUGAAGAUAUGCUCGGGGUUGUGUUGGAAGUUUCUGGCGAUUCGGAUUCUGACGCGGACCUCACAGACUCCAGUGAUGUUGAGGAUGACGAGGGUAAAGUCAGUGAUAGUAAUGGUCGUAGACGUGGUAACGUUAACAGUGGGAUUGGUAACAAAGGUGGGAACAGCCUGAAUGAAUCACCAAGUGAAGUUCAAGUCAGAGUAAUGUGGAUUGAUGGUUCGGAGACAACAGAUAAUCUUGGUGAUAUUGCUGUUGUGGACAGGGAGCUUUUGCACGGUGACAUAGUUGCUUCUGUUUCAGAUCCAACAGGGCAACUUGGUCUUGUGGUUGACGUUAAUAUUUCGGUAGAUCUUCUAGCUCCCACUAGUGAAACGAUAAAAGAUAUCUCCUCCAGGCAGCUGAAACGUAUCCGUGACUUCACGACAGGUGAUUACGUAGUAUAUGGGCCAUGGCUAGGUAGAGUUGAUGAUGUUGUGGAUAACGUGACUGUACUACUUGAUGAUGGCUCUGUCUGCAAAGUUAUCAAGGCUGACCCUAUGAAGCUUAAACCCGUUUCAAAGAGCAUUGUUGCAGAUUCAGGUUUUCCUUAUUACCCAGGUCAGCGUGUAAGGGCUGUUUCUUCUUAUGUUUUUAAAAAUUCCAGGUGGCUUUCCGGUUCAUGGAAAGCCAGCAACCUUGAAGGUACAGUUACGAAUGUUCAGGCAGCGUCUAUUUUUGUCUACUGGAUUGCUUCAGCCAGCACUGGAACCGGUAAUAGUUCAGCAGUUGUCCCCAAUGAAGAGCAGAACCCAAAGAAUCUAACAUUGUUGUCUUGUUUUGCCCAUUCAAAUUGGCAACUUGGUGAUUGGUGUAUGCUUCCAUCGUUACAGUCUCCCUUAUCCUCGUCUACUGGUAACGUAACAACAGAAAAUGCGGAUGAUUCCCUUACAGAAUGUAGGUCUGACGUUGCGUGCUCUACAGAACAGGAUGGUGAUACCCAAAUGAGUGUGAAAUGUGCAGAAAGCUCUGAGCUAGAUCCUUAUGUCCCUGCCUUAGAUCUUAAAUGCGAACAUGCAAGAGAUCAGACAUAUGCCGAUGACAUAAUUCACGACGAAGGAUACAACUCUGUGCUUGAUGCUUCUGCUGACCGUUCAACUUCUUUGCAGUUGGCAGAUAACAGAGCUUCAGAUUCAUUUGUAACAGAGAACUCCAAUGGAGGAAUUUUUUCCUCUGAAAGGAAAGAUGCGGUUUGUGCUGACACAGCCUCUGAUAAUGAUUUAGCUGAAACAGCUGGAAUAAACAAUAGUGAGCUACAAUCUGGCACUUCUUCUCAUCCAGCAUCAGUUCUGUCAAAGGAACACGCCCAUGAAAGUGCUGCAUCCCGCAAAAAGCUACGCAAGGUCUUAUUUAGGAGAGAGAAGAAACUACACAAAAGAGAAGAAUCAUUUCAAAGGGCCUUUUUUGUUGCAUGUACCAUGACAAAAGUUGAUGUGGCUUGGCAAGAUGGAACUAAAGAAUUUGGCGUGGAUGCUAAGUCUCUCAUUCCAAUACAAAACCCAGGGGAUCACGAAUUCUUUCCUGAACAGUAUGUGGCAGAGCAAGCUUCCAAUGAAAGUGAUGAUUCUUAUGAAGUGAAACGUCUAGGAGUUGUUAAAAGUAUCAAUGCAAAAGAAAGAACCGCAUGUGUGAGAUGGCUCAAGCCUGUUUCAAGGCCUGAAGACCUUCAGGAAUUUGAUAAUGAGGAAGUGGUUAGCGUAUACGAACUUGCCGAGCAUCCAGACUAUGACUAUUGCUAUGGUGACCUUGUUGUUCGUCUUUCCCCACCAUCAAUCUCUGCUGAUGGUCACAUUUCUGAAGAUCCUGUGGGUGAGAAAGAUCAUUCCGAUAUGCCAAAAGAUACUGAUCAAAUGGAUCAAAACAAACUGGAAUGUGAGGUGAAUGAGACAUUUCAGGAUGAAGCUGAUAUGAACUUUUCAAGUUUAUCAUGGGUUGGGCAUGUAACUGGUCUGCAUGAUGGUGGCAUUGAAGUCACAUGGGCUGAUGGAAUGAUCUCAAAAGUAUGUAGACAUUCAUGAAUUAAACUUUGACAUCUUCAACAUCUCUCGUUGAUUUCAUUAUUGCACAAAACUGAACAAAAUAAUGAAAGAUUAAAUUGACGAAUUAAUUUAUGGUGAUUUCCCAGGUGGGUCCCCAGGCAAUUUAUGUCGUUGGUCGAGAAGAUGGCGAAUCAUUCAAUGGGGGAAGUGAAAUCAGUGAUGAUGGUGCUAGCUGGGAAACGGUUGAAGAAAAUGACAUGGCUACCCUUGAUGUUGCUUAUGAGGUGGUUCAACAUUCAUGCUAUGUUAUUCUCGUCUAGCUUCAUAUUUACCUUUUUAUUGCUUUUUGUGAGGCGCAUCUAAUGAUUUGUGUCAAUGCUUGAUCAGGAUGCUGAUGAUCAACCGCCCACCAAGAACAAUGUUGAUGGGGGAAAUGGCUCCACAAAUACUAGUGAUCAUAUUAAUCCUGUACGAAAUGAACCCUUGUCUGUUUUUCAUGCUACUCUCGGCAUUUUUACAAGGAUAAUCACUGAUUUAUUCCCACAGGGGAGGAAAGAAAGGGAACCCUCACUUUCAGAUGAAGAUGCUAUAGUGAAUAUUGAGUCUCAUGAUAAUCAUGAAUCACCUAUGAGAGAUAGUGCCUGUGGCGAACCUAACUCUCAGGAAUCCGACGUACUGGAUGGCCAACGUGCACAGAACUCUGGAGAAAAUGGAGAAGUAGACAGUAGUUUAUCUGUGGCAGCGGGAAUUCUAGUGAAAAUGGGGAACAGUCUAGGUGAUGACAUCCCAGAGGAAAUGGAUGUUGACAGCAAUUUUCAAAGAGUUUGUGAUGAGCAUGGCUCAUGUAGCUUUAAACACUUUGAUAUUGCAAAGGAACCCUUGGACCAUCAUUUCUUUGGUGGAACUGAACAGGUAAAGGCAAUUAUUUGCUUCGUCAAUUUUCUUCUGGUGCAGGCACAGCCAUUUGCAUAUUAUUUGUUGGAAAAAUGCAUCUUUGGAAUGCGUUAUCUAUUUUAUUAAUUUCAUUUCAGGUGCUUUGUGGAAGGAAAUGGACGAAGAAGGUUCAGAAGGAAUGGAGCAUCCUCGAGAAGAAUCUGCCUGGUGUGUACAAUCACAUUUCAGGGAUGAUUUUACAAUCUAGGUUUACAUACACGCCCUGUGAAAGAUCCCUAAAACCCACUCGCUCUUCUGAUCUCCAUACAGAUGCGAUUUUUGUCAGAGUGUUUGAGGAUCGUAUGGAUCUCCUGAGGGCUGUUAUCGUCGGGGCAUGUGGAACUCCAUAUCAGGACGGCCUCUUCUUCUUUGACUUUUUCCUUCCCUCCGAGUACCCUCAAGUUCCGCCGGUACACCCUUAAUGCCUUAUCAAUUUCUUCGUGUUACAGCAUACUAUCAUUCGGGAAACGUAGCGCUGAUAUCAAUGGUUUUUUUUUUUUUUUUUUUUUUUUUCAUCUACUAAAAACUUAUAGAGUUAGUUCUUCCCAUUUGCAGUCAGCGUACUAUCAUUCCGGAGGCUUGCGUAUAAAUCCUAACCUGUACGAGGAAGGUAAAGUCUGCCUUAGCCUGCUGAACACCUGGACGGGCAAAGGAAACGAAGUUUGGGACCCAAAUUCAUCAAGCAUACUUCAGGUCUUGGUGUCCAUUCAAGGUCUGGUGCUCAAUUCUCGGCCAUACUUCAAUGAAGCCGGCUAUGAGAAGCAGGUUGGGACUGCCGAAGGAGAGAAGAACUCUUACCCAUACAACGAGAACACCUACUUGCUCAACUUGAGAUCAAUGCUCUAUCUCCUGCGAAGACCACCUAUGGUAAUAUAUAUACACAUAUUUAAUUUUAAAUGCAUGAAAAUUUUAUGAGCACUCUGGUUUAUGCUUUCAGUGAGCAACUUGAUGAUUAUUCUUGUUAUGAGACUUGACAAUCUCCGGAAAAUAUGCAGCAUUUCGAGGAUUUUGUCAGAGAUCAUUUCCGCAGUCGGGGACCUUACAUUCUGAAAGCCUGUGAUGCGUACAUGAACGGCUGCCCCGUUGGCUCACUGACCAAGGACGCGUGCAUGACUACGAAGAGCAAUGAGCACUCCUCCGUGGGUUUCAAGCUGAUGCUGGCCAAGAUCACCCCGAAGCUGUUCACGGUUCUCAGUGAUGCUGGAGCAGACUGCACGGAGUUCAAACACCUCUCCGGAUCCUCCUAG